AUGCAGCGUUUCCUUCAUUCUUUUGUAGGUGAUGCUAUCUUCGCUGGAGGUGGUACGAAGAAGGAAAGAGAAGAUGAGCAUUACGAAAAUGACGUCAUUGUGAUAACGAAUAGAUUUCCAAAAGAGCUAAAUUUCUUCUGUAAUCCAAGACAUGAGCUAAUGCGAGAUCACCUUUGUUACGGUCAUGUUGAUGCCUAUGCCUUAGCCUGUGCUGAAGACACUCCACCGAUGCAUCUCGUACCGUUCUGCCUCGCGUUCAAAUUUCUCUUCGAUUGCGAGCUAAUAUCCGAAUGGGAUAGUGAAGACGAAUUAGCUGGAAAAGCACCGAAGGCCAGCGAAGAGGCAGAAAAAGAAGUCGUGGGAGAACCAAUGAAGACCCUAAGACCAACACCUGAAGAUGCCAGCUUAUCAGCCAAGGUUAUGCAAGAAGAAUUGGAACUGGAACAAUUGUUGAAAGAGAAGGAAAAGAUGUCUACAAAAAAUGAACUCGUUGCUCCACCCAAGAUUGCACUGCCCGCCCUCACCGGCGCAGCUGUUAAAACUAAUGAAGCCAUUUCGCCAGCAAUCCCUGAACCUGCUUCUGCAAUUAUUACGAAACCUGAUCUGGUUGGUUCACCGAAUAUUGCUGGGCCUGGUAAAGGUGCGACUGUAGUAGCCGAUAGAACCUCUAUAUCAAAAAUUGCCGACCCUGCUCCUAUAGCGUCAUUGAAAACCGACCAAACUGGUCCAGAAGCGAUAGCUAAGCCUUCUCUCGGUGCCACAGUCCUCAGUAAUAAACCUGCUCCAUCCGCGAAUAUGCAGUCUGCUCCAGAUUCAAUGAAAACAAACCUGAACUCUUCAUCAAAGAUCGCCGAGCCGGCUUCGGCAGGUGCGAUCCUUGCCACGAACGCAUCCUCACCCGUUAACAUCAAUUCUGCUCUCGGAGGUGCACCCGCUGCCACCAACAGAUCCCGAAUUACAACUACCGAGCAGAAGGAUAUGACAUUGACUCCAUCGAAUUUUCACCCCUUUUCUGCUGUUCGUCUUCCUACCGUAAAGCCUUGA